AUGGAUCGCGGCGACGAGGCGGAGGAGAUGGUGCUACCGGAGCUCACCACGACGGUGCUUCCCUCCAACGGGCAGCUCCUGGCAAUCGAGACUGAAGAGCUGGUAAUGGGAAGCCUGGCGGCGAUGAGGGCGAACUUGAAAAAGGUACCGGCGUGGAGCCGCGCACCGCCCCCCACCGACGACUUCCUGCUCAUGUUCUUGAGAAGCGAGGUCUUCAAGCCGCACAAGGCUGCGGAUAGGUACCGCAAAUUUUGGAAGGUGAAGGUCGGCCUGUGCGGAGAGGACAAGGCGGCGUUCCCCAUCAAGGUGGAGGACGCCAGGCUAGGCCUCGACCGAGAGUUCUGCCAAAUAGUGCCCGGGAGCAAGGAUCGCGAGGGUAGACAGGUGGUACUGGUGAACACUGGCCAGGCGGACAAGACCUUGGAUAGAAAAAUGAGAGUCCGCGCGGUGUGGUACGUGCUGCUGGCGGCGUUGGAGGACGUGGAGACACAGAGAAAAGGCUUUUGCUUCGUGGUUACCCUCAAGACGGCUAGGAUUUCCCAGGUGGACCAGAAGUUCAACAAAAUGGUUUUAGACAGCAUUCAGGGAUCGCUUCCCGUCCGAGUGGGGAGCAUGAACAUGUGCUACCCGCCGUCCUUCUUCCGGUGGAUCUGGAUGGUCAUCAGCACAUUCCUGCACGAGAGGGUAAGGGCGCGGUUUCGAUUCAUAUACGGGGAGGAUGAGGACGUCCUCGAGGCGCUCACAGGUACCGUUGCCCCGGAAAACUUGCCGCCUCCCAUAGGCCGGAAACCCCUAGAUUUCCAAGGGUGGCUGGCGGAGCGCCAGAAAGCGGAGGUGUGACCCUGCGUGGAUGGGCCUCUCACUUGCUGUUGCAUAUGGUUGUCCUAUGAUUUGCCUCCGGAAUAUUUGGUUGACCCGGGUAUCCUGUGGGGUUCUAGGUUAUUCUCGUAGUAUUUUUAGUUCCCUCGGUUUUUGGUAGCGUAGCGUGGUCGCCAGAAUAGUAAUGGACCUGACUCUUACGAAGAGCCUGACAUUACGCGAUUCCCUUGUAAAGCACAACUAGAAUUGAGAGAGAACGCGGAAGUUUGCCUUGACUUCAAGCUUCCAAGGUUGCCGUCAAAUCAGGUAGUUGUUUUUAAAGAGUGGACACCCUUGGGGGGGGGG